UUUUUGAAAGAGGGAAAAAAGAUUGCAAUUGUGGAUUCCAAUGAGUGUAAAAAGACUAGGCUAUCAUAUGUCAAAUUACUACAGAAAAAGUGUGAACAUAUGUCCAUAGCAGUCGUCAGUAUUUUACCCAAAUAUGGCUGUGAGCAGUUGUUCUGGACACGGGAACAAAGAUUGGCUUCAGAGUCUGCUCUCUUUGAAACAAGAGAUGGCUGUACAUCGGAGAUUUCUGUCAACGACAGUCGACUAACUAAGUGGUUCUCUAAAGAUUCUGACAUGGAGAUAAAGUACAUGCAUGGUAUAGUUGAGAGGCCUUCUGAAUCUGAAGGCUGCACAGUUAUUGAGAAGCAUACUGGAAUUUACACUACGUCUGUCUACAAAUUUGAAGUACCUGUGAUAUUUAUCCAAUGGGAAGUGAUUUGUGAACUAGAGGAUGACAACAGAAGAAUGUCCAAGUUGUCAAAGGCAUUACAUUUGUGGGCAGACAUUAAUAUAUGUGGAAGAAUUAUUGUUGUAUGUGAUGGUUCACAGGUCAAUACUGGUGAAGAAACAAAGAUACAACAACAAGCAAAUAUUGACACAUCUGUCAGCAGCUUGAUAAAACAGUUUACCAGAUGUCCAGUAUAUGUAUACCAUGUUGUGGAUAGGAAGCAAGCUGGCAGUUACAUUGUCCCUCCAAAACCAGGAAUUCUGGCAUUUUUACAGCAGAGGCAUUGUCUAAAUUUACACUCUAGGAGAAGUGUUUACAUGUUUGAGACAUCAUGUCACAUGAAAAUGGCCGAAAAUGCAGGAGUCAGACAUAUUAAGGCUUCAAGAGUGAUAGAUCACCCAUCCUUGCUUAUCUCGAGCCAUGCAGCUGUCACUCCAUCCAUUCCUGAAAUGUUGAAGACACAGAAAAUAUUGCCUGUUCAAUCUAGUGAUAAACUACCGUCUAUACCUCUUGUACAAUUAAAGGAUACAUUUUCCGAGAAGAAAAUUUCACAAAAUUUACAGCAUGGAAGAUGUGAAUAUAUGUAUGCUGCAGAUUUUGAAAUGAUUGAAAGGUAUAGUGAUUCAUAUAUAAAGUCUGUGACUAAAGUAGGAACACCAGGAAGUAAAAUGUCACCCAAGAAGAAAUGCCAUUCUACACCAGAAAAAUCUAGUACCAGUCUCAUUUCUAAUUUAUCUACUGACCAAUCAAGAAUUAACCUUGCAUCACGUGACCUUCCUAAAUGGAUGAUAAAAAAAGACAGAAGUCAAGGUUCAAGGUCAUCUGAAGAUAACAACCAAUCAGAAUGUGGAAAACAAAAACUUGAAAAAAUCAGGAAAACAAUGUAUGUGAUGACAGAAAAAGAAUUGGUUGAGGUAGCAUGUGAUAUUCUUAAACAGGUGCAGGAAAUAUUGAUAACAUGUUGGUCUUUCACAUUCAGUUUUAUGUUGUCAUCAUUAUAAAACCUGAUAUAACUUUAUCAUAUUUUAUAAAACACUGCAAGAAUUCAUGUGACACUUGACACAUUCUCUUUUACUCCAUAACUUACCUUUUACU